AAUUUAAAUCUGUUAUCUGGUGUUAAUUGUAUAAUAUAUAGUGAUACAAUCUGCAAAAGUGCAAAAUAUUAAAUAAUGUCUGCUAGACGCUAGUUGCUACUCUGCUCAUAAAGCAAUUGAAAUUACAACAACCAUCUCAAUAGCUAGUGCUAGAUUAUUUUUUUUAAAUGUCAUAUACUCAUUUUUAUAGGUUAUGUAGGAAAUAGUUUUCGAUUUGUUGUAUUCAUGAUGUAGAGAAUCUUCUCUACAUCGUGGUUGUAUUAGUAUUGAUGAACUAUAAAAAUAAAGUUUAGUACUUAAUUAAUUUUUUUUUUCAAAACUCGCUUCUACUUUAGUACUAAAUAUUAAAAGAAAAUCCUAUGCUCAUGUUAAUGUUACAGGGUUACACACUUGCACCGCAACUCACAAGUAUCCAAAACAGACAAUUUUUCCGUAGUAUUACUGAUCAAUUCUGAAUAUUCUGAUACUUGAUGACAAACAUAAAAACGUUUAUUUAGAGAUGUAUAUUAAUUAAUACAUAUAUAUCUGUGGCUUACUUAUAGCGCUAUUGGUAAUUUAUCCCCUGGUUUAUACAUAGAAGAUAAUCACGAUUUAAGAAAUUAUAGUGGAUAUAGUAGUAUAAGAUUCUAUAGAUAAUAAUAUUAUGCUUGAUAGUUGAUACAGUUUUUAUUUUAUAUCCUGUUGAGUAAUGUUAAAUGUUUUUAGCAAAAUGAAAAUCACGAGGAGUUAGGAUCAAGGUCAACAACUUGCUGUAUAUUAUUGUUAUUAGUUAUUACGUUAAUUAGUUUCCUUUUAGUUCAAAUACAUCAAACGUUAUCUCAGAGAACAGUGAUUACUUAUAAAUUUACUUAUAAAGUUCAUAAUAUGCCAACGUUUUACGAACAAUAAGCUACUUAGAUAAUAUAUACUAUGGCUACAGCGCGUAGCGUAUUCUAAAUAAAUCUGAUAAAUCCGCUACUUACAAUUGUUUUAGUCCAAUAAUGAAAAACGAUUAGCAAAUGCAUAAUUAAUUUUUUUUAAUUAAACUCUGGAUAUAACAAAAUAAAAUUUAAAAAAGUUUGGUAAACAGACUUAAAAAUUAUUAAAUAAAUAACUAUUGUUUUCAAAUCGAUUAAUUUAAUACUAAAAUGACAUUUAAUUUCUUUAAUGUUCGCAAGCUUUAUACUAAGGCUGCAUUGUGUAAAAAUGUUCAGUUAACUAAAGAUAGAUUUCCUAAUUUAAAAAGAGGAUCAUAUGGCAUGGUAGACUCUACAGAUAUUGAAUAUUUCAAAAACCUUUUAGGUGUUAACAAUUUUAUUACUGGUGAAGAAGUAAAAUCUUACAACGAAGAUUGGUUAAAAUCUGUUUCUGGUUUCAGUAAGUAUGUGCUUAAACCAAAAACAACUGAACAAGUAUCAACAAUUCUCAAAUAUUGUUAUAAGCGCAGUAUAGCAGUCUGUGUUCAAGGUGGCAAUACUGGUCUUGUUGGAGGUAGUGUUCCAGUUUUUGAUGAAGUAAUUUUAUCCACUUCUGCAAUGAAUUCAAUUAUUAGCUUUAAUAAAUUAUCAGGUGUUUUGGUAUGCCAAGCUGGAUGUGUAUUAGAAAAUUUGAUGAAUUAUGUUCAAAGCGAAGGGUUUAUAAUGCCAUUUGAUUUGGGCGCAAAAGGCACCUGUCAGAUUGGAGGUAAUUUAGCAACUAAUGCUGGAGGUUUAAGAUUAAUUAAAUAUGGAAGUCUACACGGAAGCGUAUUGGGAUUACAAGCGGUUUUGGCUGAUGGACAAAUUUUAGAUUGUCUUAAUACAUUGAAAAAAGACAAUACAGGAUAUCAUUUGAAACAUUUGUUUAUUGGUUCUGAAGGAACAUUGGGAGUUAUUACAAAAAUUGCUAUUCAAUGUCCAAAUACCCCAACAUUUGUUAAUGUAUCAUUUAUUGGCUUAGAAUCAUUUGAUAAAGUAUUAAGUUUCUUCUCAUUAGUACGAAAAGAAUUUUCUGCCAGUCUUUCAUCAUUUGAACUAAUGGACGCUGUAGCAAUAAAAAGUGUGCAAAAAAAUAUUGGCAUUAAGUGUCCAAUAAAUGACAAUCUGAAAUUUUACGUUCUUGUAGAAUUAUCAGGUGAUAAUAAUUAUAUCAGUCAUUCCAUUCAAGAAUUUUUAGAAAAAGCUCUAGAUGAAGACUUAAUUUUAGAUGCUACUGUAGCAGACCAACCAUCACUAAUUCAAAAUUUAUGGAAAAUAAGAGAAAAUAUUCCUGAAAGUUUAUUAAGAUAUGGAUAUGUCUAUAAAUAUGAUAUAACUUUACCUCAUGAGUUAUUUUACAAGAUUGUGCCUGAAAUAAGGAAACGAUUAGAAAAUUUAGAUGUUAAAGCGGUUUGUGGCUAUGGACAUUUAGGUGAUGGAAAUUUACAUUUAAAUGUGGCUACAAUUGAACAUAAUGUUGAAAUAGCUUCGGCCAUUGAACCUUAUGUAUAUGAAUGGACUAGUAAAUACAAAGGAAGUAUAAGUGCUGAACAUGGAAUUGGAUUUUUAAAAAGUAAAUAUUUGAAAUAUUCAAAAUCCAAUUUAGAAAUAGAUCUAAUGAAAAAAUUAAAAAAUACUAUUGAUCCAAAGAAAAUAUUAAAUCCAUACAAGAUUUUCCCACAAGAUGAGAUCAAUUGAGUUUCAAACUUAUAUUUAAACAAAUAAUAUGUAUAGGUAUUAGUGUAGAUAACUUUAUUAUUUUUUAGGUAUUUUAUUAUGUUGUCAAACAUUUAAUUUAUUGAGAUAUUAAAUAUAUAUUUUUUAAAACAGA